UUGAGGACAUCUGCCUGUGGCAUUUGUCAUGGUUUUAUUCUCAGUCGACAACCAUCGUCAUUGUUCGUCUUCCACUUACCUGACCAAUGACAAAGCCCAAUCUACUAGAGCUCCCAGUAGGAGCUCGGCUCGUUUACCUCGCGGAAGGCGGCGCCAAUGUUAUCUAUCGAAUCCUCUCUCCGGCAGAGAUGGACGUUGAUCGAAGAAAUGACCUCCCUGUGACUGUUUCCAACUCACUGCCUAGUUCAAUGGGCACGCUCCAGGUGCCUUCCAUGUUUAAGGGUAAAUUGCUCCGACUCCGGAAGAAUACGAGCGCAGGAAUCUCCUAUCAGGAGAUUGCACGCAAUUUUGAUAGAUGCAUUCGUCCUCUUUUCAAACCAGAAGAGCUAGUUGAUCAGGAGCUCGUUUACCUCCCCAGAGGGCUUGUUCAGGGGUGUAAUGAACAGCUACAGGCAGCAGAGCGAAACGGCCAGCGUCCAAAACGGCGCCAAGGGGUGUACCUCUCUACGGUGGAGCCGUUUGGGCUACUCAUAACAGACAUGACUACAUUCAGCAUUCCUGGGACGACGCUCUCAGAGUUGAAACCUAAAUGGCUAAUACAAUCGCCCUCUGCACCACCUAACUCCCGGAGAUGCCGAACUUGCGCACUCCGCGAUAUGAAGAACCAAAAAGCGCGCAAAAAAGGAUUGGCGGAGGAACGAUCCUUUUGCCCACUCGACCUGGUAUCUGACAGGUUCGACAAUGUCCUCCGUGCGGCCCAAUUUGUCAAGGGAUGCAAAGACCAGGCACGGCUGGCAAAGGUACUUUAUCGAAAUGGAACGCUGCAGAGGCUCCUGACACAUCAGAAAGCCUUACAGGAUGUGGGGCUUUACGGUCCACCGCCAAGUUCGCGAGAAAAGUCGCUUGCGAUGACACUGCGAGACUGUACAAUGUUCAUAAGGAUGCCACGCGACGAUUCCGGCCGUGUGGAGAUCAGGCUGGGGGAUUUGGACCUCAAAACCGGGGCUGGCGGGAAAGCCAAGUACUGGCUCGACCUGGAGCACCAAUUGAUUGUGGAGGACUGGUACGCAGGGGCCAAGAACAACGUAUCGGAAAGCGAGUGUGCUCAGCAGAGUCCACGGGCGCAUUCACAGUCCUCGAUAUAGGGUUCCCUAAUGACUUGUCCUGAACUAUUUUUGCGUCUUACAGCUACAACCUGCAAUAGCAGCUGCGACGGUUAGGGGUUCACAGCACCCUAUUGAGGUAUGCACCAGGCGGCCCAUUACUUAUGGAAGUUGCACGGUAAUGAUUGACGAUGGCCUUUUCUUUCUUCGUUUCAUCGUGCGUUUGAUAUCAUGUCUUUACUUACCUAUUAAUGUUCGAUUGGCAAUUUCAUUCAUCAUUGCAUCUCUCGCAUAUUCAUCGGGGCAGGGAGGGUCGGUGAUACGUCUUGCUACAAAUUUGACGCAUCUUUUUUCUAUUUUUUCUUCAUUCUCGAUUUCGGUUGUGGUUCUUGCUUGAUGUGUACACUAGGGACUCACCUAUUACUCUAUGGUUUUAUUGCAUGAUGUAUACACUUACACGGACUAUAUAUUCUACCUCAUAGUAAUGUCUGUCAUUUAA